AUGGCUCCGAUCAAUUCCAUUUUACCGAGACAAUCAAGCGGCGCCAACUGCCCGAGUACUAUAACCAGCGGGGGAAUAGCAGGCAUUGUCAUCGGCUCGAUCGCAGGCACACUCCUGCUCCUCUGGCUGUGGCGUGUAUUCCGCCUGCCGGGUGCGUGGAGCGGUGGCGACGAGCCGGACGUCGGAUACCGACCGCCCAUUACCCGCAGUAGCGCGAGCAGUCGCGGUCGGAGAAAGCGCCGUCGUGGUCCGGGAACUUAUGUUGACUAUGUUGAGAAGCCGACGAGUACGCGGCGGUAUCGGGAUCGUGAUGAUUUGCGUCGGCCGGCUAAGGUUUAUUUGACUGAUCCUUGA